GGCGGAGCGUGCGGCUCUUGGCGCGACCCUAGGUUUCACAGCCUCAGCUCGGGUGGUUGGAUUUUCAGUACCUGCUCGGCGUGGAGAAGGACGGUCCCUGUCUGAGUUAUGGAUUUUGAAAAUCUCUUUUCAAAACCCCCCAAUCCGGCUCUCGGCAAAAACCCGGCCGCCGGCCCUAAAAAAAGAGUUGAUGAAAUAGAUGGUACUGAAGUUGAAGAAACACAGACAGAGAAAGUCAAAUGGAAAGUAAAGCGGGACUAUGAAAAAAUUCCCAAGAAAUUUAAGCACCUUGGAAAUGCUGCAGCAUCACCAAAGAGUUUGCCACAUAAAAAGUCAAGAAGCAAGGACUACGACCCAUACAGUGAUGGUGAGACAUGCAGUCAGGAAUCAGAAGAUAACUUUGACAAAGAGCUUCAACAGUAUAUACAAGCCAAAGAAAUGGCAAGUGCAGCCCAGCCCUCACUGCUUCCUGAGGAAUCUGUGAAAAAAGCAGGAGCAGAAGUUCCCCAACAGACUGCCAAACAAAAAAACAAAAAAUCUAAAGCUGGUCACAAGAAAGUUAAACAGAAGAAAAUGAAGCGAAAGUGGCCUGGCACUGGAAACAAAGGGUCAAGUGCCUUGCUGAAGAGCAGUGGCUCCCAAGAACAGGCUGCUGAACCUGAAGAGAAGCAGCCACGUGUGAGGAUGAGUCAGGGCUUUAUCAACCAGCACACGGUGGAACGCAAAGGGAAGCAAGUGUGCAAAUACUUCCUUGAAAGGAAGUGUAUUAAGGGAGACCAGUGUAAGUUUGAUCAUGAUGCAGAGAUAGAGAAGAAAAAGGAAAUGUGUAAGUAUUAUGUACAAGGAUAUUGUACCAAAGGAGAGAACUGCCUGUAUUUACAUAAUGAAUACCCUUGCAAGUUUUAUCACACAGGAACAAAAUGUUAUCAGGGUGAUCACUGUAAUUUUUCUCAUGCCCCGCUGACUGCUGAAACACAAGAACUACUGGCUAAAGUUUUGGAUACUGAUAAGAAGUCAUAUAACUAGAUUAAAAAGCGUGUAGAGGACAAAUCUAUUCCUGUUCAGGACUUUUGAAGACUGGUGAUUUGGAAUAGUUCAUAAGGUUCCUCGGUUAAUCUGCCUUCCUGUGUCGUUGUGAUCAUGUGCAGCUUCCGUUGGACAUGCACAGUGGUGGAUCUAGUGCUCAGCCAAAGGCUGGUUCUGCCCUGGGCGGGAGAGGGGCACAUGCAUGUUGCCUGGAGAUCAGCGCUGUGCUGUGCUGUGCUAGGUUACAGAAGCCUCCUCCAGUCGUUCGAGGAGCACAAAAGGUUACAAUCGAGCAAGCACAAAAUAGGCAAAGAGAGGUUAAGUGAGGAUGGGAGAAAUAUCAGGAAGAAUCAUGAGAGCUGCCAGGGGACAUUGGGUAAUAAAUACAUCACACCUCUACAUGUCAUUAAAUACUAUGCACAGUGUUUUUAUCAAUAAUUCAUAGUUCCACUUUAUGGUUUAGCAUAGAAUGUGGUUCUAUGAUCCAAGAGGAUAUUUAUUUCUAAUUAUUACUGUUAUAAAUAAAGUGGGAUGAUAUCUCUUGCUAUGGUGUUUUCAUACUUGAUUCUCUUAACCCUUGGGUUGUUAAAAUAUAAGAGUGCUUACCUUGGGCUGGUAAGAGGUAUGUUCAGUGGGUAAAAGUGGUUGCUGUGCAAGUUUGACAGCCAGUUUGAUCCCCAGACGCCAUGGUAAAGGGGGAAACUAGCUUCAGAAAGUUAUCCUCUGACUUCCACAUGUAUGUCAUUGCACAUGUUUGCCUGUACUCACAUGUAUCGUGUUUGUGUGCAACAAAUAUACAAAUAAUAUUUUUAUAAUAAAUAAGUUAACCUUUAA